AUGACCGAAGUGCGCCGCAGGAAGGGGGAGGAGGAGACUCUGGAGGACUCCUCCGCCGUUGCCGGAUCAGGAUCGGGGGCAGCCAAGCGCAACUCCUCCGCCGCUGACUCCUCGGACCAUGUGGACUCCGAGGAGGAGAAGAUUCCCGAGGAGAAGUUUGUGGAGGAGCUGGCCAAGAACCUGCCGCAGGGCACCGACAAGACACCUGAACUACUGGACUCGGCCCUCAAGGAUUUGCCCGAUCGAUGGAAGAAUUGGGUCAUCCGCGGCAUUUUCACAUGGAUUAUGAUAUGCGGCUUUGCACUGAUCAUUUAUGGCGGUCCACUGGCCCUGAUGAUCACGACACUGUUGGUGCAGGUUAAGUGCUUUCAGGAGAUCAUAUCGAUUGGCUACCAGGUGUAUCGGAUUCAUGGCCUGCCCUGGUUCCGCAGUCUGUCCUGGUACUUCCUUCUCACCUCCAACUACUUCUUUUAUGGCGAGAACCUGGUGGACUACUUUGGCGUGGUCAUCAACCGAGUGGAGUACCUCAAGUUCCUGGUGACCUAUCACCGCUUCCUGUCCUUUGCCCUAUACAUCAUUGGCUUCGUUUGGUUCGUCCUCUCGCUGGUGAAGAAGUACUACAUUAAGCAGUUUAGCCUGUUUGCCUGGACCCAUGUGUCGCUGCUAAUUGUCGUCACCCAAAGUUAUCUCAUCAUUCAGAACAUAUUCGAGGGUCUAAUUUGGUUCAUCGUACCUGUCUCCAUGAUUGUGUGCAAUGAUGUCAUGGCGUAUGUGUUUGGGUUCUUCUUCGGCCGCACGCCCCUUAUCAAGCUGAGCCCCAAGAAGACCUGGGAGGGCUUCAUUGGGGGUGGCUUCGCCACAGUGGUCUUUGGCAUUCUGUUUUCCUAUGUGCUGUGCAACUACCAGUACUUCAUUUGCCCCAUCCAGUACUCGGAGGAACUGGGCCGCAUGACGAUGUCCUGUGUACCUAGCUAUCUAUUCACCCCCCAGGAGUACAGUCUUAAGCUGUUCGGCAUUGGCAAAACCCUAAGUCUUUACCCCUACAUCUGGCACUCGAUCUCAUUGAGCCUCUUCAGCUCCAUAAUUGGACCGUUUGGCGGCUUCUUUGCCUCUGGAUUUAAGAGAGCAUUCAAAAUCAAGGACUUUGGGGACAUGAUUCCCGGACAUGGCGGUAUCAUGGAUCGCUUCGACUGCCAGUUUCUGAUGGCCACCUUUGUCAACGUUUAUAUUUCGAGCUUCAUCAGAACUCCGUCGCCGGCGAAGCUGUUGACGCAGAUUUACAACCUCAAACCUGAUCAACAAUACCAAAUUUAUCAGUCGCUUAAGGACAACCUGGGCGACAUGCUAACCUAAGCCUAAGCCUUUGCAGCGGCUACCCAUUAGAUUCUGACAAAAUGUUUGCUUUAGUCGUACGUUCUACAUAUAUAUAAAAUCGAAAUUUAUAUAUAUACCUACUUGAUAUAUACAACUGUAAGCAUAUACUGGCUAGCGCACUUCUAGCAGCCGCAUAAAAUAAGUCUUAAUUACGGGCAUAA